CACAAACAAUAGCAGAGGACCAUUAUUUAGAGUAUUUUUGUCAGAUAGUACGAUUAUCUACAUUCAUAAUCUUUAAAAACCCACUCUUAAAAAAACAAGUUGUUUAAAAAUUUGGUCUCAUUUUAAGUCAAAAUCGUUACCAUAAUGAAAGUUUUGUUGUUAUUGUUUUUGUGCAUUUCGGCACUAAAUGCGAUCCCUUACAAAUCGAGUAAAAAUCAAUUUCCAGGACUUCGUAUAAUCGGGGGUCAGACUGCUCACACUCUCCAGUUUCCUUACGCUGCUGCGAUUUAUGUCCAAACACCCACACUUAAGCAUUUUUGUUCAGGGACCCUUCUUUCAAGGCAGUGGAUUUUAACAGCGGGCCAAUGUGUGGACGGUGCGAUUUUGUUUCAAAUCUUCUUAGGAUCGAUUAGUUUGAAAACGAAUGAUCCUGGACAGAUUGAAGUAGCAACAUCCAAUUUUGUCCUUCAUCCUGACUAUAAUCCUAUGACUUUAGAAAACGACAUUGGACUUAUUGAGCUUCGCAUGCCUAUUACUUUCACAGACUAUAUUCAGCCGGUUGAUCGACUGCCACUGUCUGCUCUUCCAGACUAUGUGACCGUAUCGACAUUUGGUUGGGGACAAACCAGUGAUGACGAUGCUGGUCUUUCUAAUGACCUCCAGUGGGUCAAUGUGGUCACAAUUCAUAACACUGAGUGCAAACUUACCUACGGAAAUCAAAUUACUGACAAAAUGGUUUGUGUUGAUGGGAAUUAUAACGAAGGACUUUGCUACGGUGAUAUUGGCAGCUCUCUGAUUCAAUAUUACAGCACUGGCCAUGCAAUUCCGGUUGGUGUCGCAAGCUUCUUUAGCUCCAACGGAUGCGAAAGUACGGAUCCUUCAGGAUUUACCAGAACUUACCCAUACAAUGACUGGAUCAGGAAUGUAACAGGGUUGGACCUAGAAAGUUUUGCAUAUGCAGCCAUUUCCCCACGUAUUAUAGGAGGACAUAUCGCACAUACUGGCCAAUUUCCAUUUGCUGCAGCCAUUGAGGUUCAAACUGCCAACAGCAAAUUUUUUUGUGGAGGAACACUUUAUACCCAACAGUGGGUAAUUACAGCAGGACAGUGUGUCAAUGGAGCUAUCCUUUUUACAAUUAAUUUAGGAUCAGUUAGCUUAACAGCAGAUGAUCCAACCCGCUUGACUGUCGCAACAUCUGAGUAUUUCCUCCAUCCUGAUUUUGACCCUCUUACCCUUGACAACGAUAUAGGUUUGAUUAAACUACGAAUGGCAAUUCAGUAUUCUGACGACAUCAAACCCAUUAGUUCUCUAGCUUUGUAUCCUCUAUCAGAUGGGGUGUACGCUCGGGCACUUGGCUGGGGCCAAACUAGUGAUAAUGAUUCUUCUUUAUCCGAUCUUUUGCGGUACGUGUUUGUAACGUCAUUGUCAAACCAAGAAUGUAAAUUAGUUUACGGAAACCAAAUUACUGAAAAUAUGGUGUGCAUUGAGGGAAAUUACAAUGAAGGAAGCUGCCAUGGUGAUACUGGAAGUCCCUUGAUUGAAGUUUUUGGCCAAAGCGUGUUUGUUCACGUCGGUAUUGCCAGUUUUGUCAGUGGAAAUGGGUGCGAAAGUACCGACCCUUCAGGAUACACAAGAACGUAUCCUUAUGUUGAUUGGGUUAGAAAUGUGACACAAAAUAACUAGGACAGAAAAUAAAUGCUACAACGGGUUA